AUGGCCACGGUUCCGUUGUGCGUGGUGGCUGCUCUCUUGCUGGUUCUGGGUCUUGGCACGGUGUGUUUGUCCGGCUCGUGCGACUCGACCACCAUAGCUGGCGGCAUUGCCCUCACGACAGCCGAUGGCGAGGUGGUCGACGUUGCGCCGGGCGUCUAUGAUCAAGAGGUCCCGACCCAACUCAACCACACCAUCACGCUCCGGCUUGGGUCCACCGAUGCGGACACGGUGACGGUGGUGCAUUCGGGCGAGUGGCUGACCGUCGCCAACUCCUCAACGCUCGUCCUGGAGCUGGGCAAGCUUGUGCUCCAAGGUGCGAGGCUUGUGGUGGACGCGGAUGGGCAACUCAACCAGUCCUCGGACGUGGUCUUCGACAGCGUGCAAGGCCCAAGCGAUGCUGUCUGGGUGCAGAGCGGUAAUGUGCUGAUCAGCAACACCGCGGUGACAGAGGCACUGGUGGACUUGGCGGGCGGCGUUUGGCAGCAAUACGGCAACACGACGCUCGUUGCGACGCAUGGGGUCUCGGGAGUCAGGUUCGGUCCCGGCUCUUUCUCGAGCCGGUGGUUUCAGCGUGGGAUUAACAACAUCAGCGUGACGUCAUCGUCGCCGAAUCAGAUUGCAGCUGUGGAUAUGUCGGCCGGCGGCAUGUGGCUCCACAUGCAGGACGGACCUCGCAUCCCGCACUCCCACCUCACCGUGUCUGGCAGCGCGAGCAGCGGAGUGAACUUGGGCGCUGACAGCUCAUGGGGCCAGUACGGCCUACUGACCGUUCAGGCCAGCGAUCAGAGCACGGGGGCGACGGCCAAGUUGUCGCAACAGAGGAAUUUCAACAUUACGGCGGGCAGCGGCGCUACUGGAAUCGAGUUCGCAAAUGGCGGAUCUUGGAGGCAGUUCGCCACGACCACGGUCAAGACCACAUCGGCCACGGCGAUAGGCACCACUUCCCUGCGUUAUGUGGGCUCCCCCACGCUGGUCAAGAUCUUCUCCGCCCAGAGCACAGGCCGAGAGAACGACUGCGCGAUAUCGUCGUCUCCGUCGCCCGUUGCAUCGGUGGCGCCCCUGACCGCCAACACGACGGCCUCGUUCGAUGACAGCUCAUCGGCGGUCGCCAUCUCCAGCUCCUCCGACGCCACCAACGCCUCUUCUGUGGUGGGCGUGCAGCUGAGCCUGAGCGGCCUCCAGCUGGGCUUCACCGACCUACACGGGCUGAACGUGACCCGCACCGUCACCAACACGACCGACCCCAGCAAUGGCAACGCCACGACGUCGACCUUUGCCUACACGGCCCACAUCGACGCCGAGACGAGCCUCGUGCAGUCGUACACCUACUACGCGAGCGACCGCGCGGUGUCGUUCGCCGGCGUGGACUUCACCGUGCGCGGGGGCAGCGUCAAGUGGUCGUUCAGCCUCACCACCGCCUCGUCGCCCAGCGCAACCGCGAGCGUGGCCGACGCCCAGAAGAACGGCUUCUCGCUCCGCUACCGCCUCUCCGACCUCGCCUCGGCGUCGUCGUCGUCGUCAUCAUCGUUGUCGGGUCCGAGCCGCAUCACCCGGCGGCGCAACACGCCGCACGCGGGCAUGACCACCUUCUUCGUCACUCUCUCGGACGACGGCGUGGUGGCCCAGCUGGAGGUGCUCAACGCGGCGGUCAUCGACGGCGACGUGACGACGCUCGGCCGCAUCGAGCUCGUGUUCGACAAUCUCACCGCCACCAACAAUCAGUCGGGCUACUUCCUGGAGCUGGGCUUCCCGCCGUUCGAAAAGUCGGUGGUGUAUGAUCCGAGCCUGGGCCUGGGCGUGCUGCUGGGCGGGUCGUCGGACGGGUCGUCGUCGUCGACCGACGUGGGCCUGAUCGUGGGCGUGGCGGUGGCCAUCCCGGUGGCCGUCGUCGUGGUGCUGGCCGCCGUCGUCGCCGGCGUCGUGUUGGCCUGGCGACGCCGGAGCCGGUGGGCCGGCGCGGCCAACAGCAAUGCCGUCGACUGGGACCUGGACGAAAGUGAGCGCGGAGACCGCGACCAGCUCUGA